AUGUCAGAGGCUGAGGGCCAGUCUCGUCGCUUACCCACGUUGGUCACCUAUUGUCAGCGUGUCCUCUCUACUUACACAGAUUCUAUAAGCAGUUUGGGAGACGAUGCUAUACGCUAUGAUGUGAUUAAACCGGUGCUGGAAUUUUGCUCUGCAGAUACCCUUUUUCGUCUGGAACAAUCAUCACCCGUUCAUCCAAUAAUCUCUCCUCUGGUCCCUGACGGUAACAAAGAAAUAUGGCAACGCUUGUGUUGGAAAACAUUUCCCCUCUUAGCUGAACAGUAUUUUCAAGAAGGCUCUGAGGCCCCCGAAUCGUGGCGCGAACAAUUUUUCUUAUUAAGAGAGGCAGAGGCCGAACGGCUUGAACUAGCAGGCUCUAGGCUCCGCAGUCAACGCAUGGAAGCGGAAGAACGAAAGAAGGAACGUGAGGUCAAGAUCACCGAUCGCCUACCUCCCCCAAAACGUGCUCGAGGGUGGGGAGCACCGAGUCAACCCAAGUCACUCUUUCAGAAGACCAAGAAUGAGGCCACUAAGCUCCGUACUUCCAUGUACUCUGCCCGUCUCCUUCCUCCUAAGCGACAGCGCACACUGCAUAGUUCACUUAGUAUAAAGCCAGCAGCAUCUAGACCUUCCGAACAGACCAAGAGCAUGGUCACCGUCAAGACAGUCUCCUACAAGCGACCGUCUAUCCCUCCUGCAUCGCUUCAGUCAUCUGGCCGACCUCCUGUGCCGUCGGUCUCAUCCCUUGCUACUCCUCCAAAGCCGGCUUCCUCUCCUUGCAGUUACCAUCCGCGGGAGAACAGCGGCCUGCUUAAGCCUCCAAUAAACAAGAAGGACCCCAUGGCUUCUCUUUUCAUGCCGAAGCACCGCACUCUUUCCCAACUUCCAGGACAGACUAGUAAUGCACGUAUCAUGCCGACCCGAUGA